AGAGUUGCGUGGACGAUGAUGUGGAAGUCAAGUUACGCGCACGCACACGCACACGCAUACAUAAAUAUUCUCCUAGUUCAUAAGUCUAGUGGUUCGGCGGACUUGACGGAGCUGUGUAGCGUAUAGCAUACCCAGCUCCAACGUUAACAUCAACGCUUUAAGUUCUUCCUGAACCUGAGAUUGGUAGGCUUCGCAGAACAACAAAACACACUCUUGGAGCGCCACACUGUCAUUCUGGAGGGUGCAUUGGGUGUACAGCUAUUCACGAUGAAAUCGUUCAAAGGCCUCAUCAAGCGAACCAAGAGCGUCUCGUCGCGCGGUGGUAUCAGGAACAGAGACUCACCCGACUUUGACAAUGCGCCCGCCGACUCGCCCGAGGCGAACGCUCCCCGCGCUAUCCGACUCUUCUGCGAGAGCGCCAGCACCAGCAAUGGCGGAGAGGAAGUGCUACACCUCCCCGUCAUCGUCGAGUCCGCCGAGUCCUCGCCCAUGGCCGCUGCGAGCGCUGCAAUCCAGAUCCGGAAGUUCCUCUCGAAAGAAUGGCAGUCGAAACCGCGCGUGCAGUACAACGCUAUCAUGCUUAUCCGCAUCCUCAGCGACAACCCCGGCGCCACUUUUACGCGCAACUUCGAUAAGAGCUUCGUGACUACGGUCAAAGAACUGCUCCGCACCGGCAAGGACCAGAGCACGCAGCAGAUUCUGAGAGAGACCCUGGACGCCCUGGAAGUCAACAAACAGUACGAUGAGGGUGUGCAGCCACUGCUGGCUAUGUGGAGGAAGGAGAAGGGUAUGGGAGGAAGUCUGAGCGGAGGCGGCAGGAUGAGCAUGAGCUUCAGCAGAGCCUCUACUCAACUCAAUCGCACCGGCUUUCCACAUCCGAACCCGCAAGAGCAGCAGCAGCAGCACAGGCAGGAUUCGGGCAACAGGAGGAGACGAGAUGGCGCGGGUCUGCCGAAUGCUGUUGAGCUGGCAAGCCGGGUCGAAGAAGCAAAGAAUACGGCCAAGAUUCUCCUUCAGCUUGUGCAGAGCACGCCAGCAGAACAGGUUCUGCAUGACGAGCUGCUGAAGGAGUUCAACGACCGCUGUCAGAGCGCGCAGAAGAGCAUGCAGUCAUACAUCAAUGCCGACCAUCCCUCGCCUGAUCAUGACACCAUGCACACACUCAUUGAGACAAACGAGCAGCUCAGCCUGGCCACAAGCAGGUACCAGAGAGCUGUGCUUGCUGCCAGGAGGGCUCUUGGUCAAUCGCCAACUCCACCUCAACAGCAGCUGAACCAGACGACAGCCUCGAAUGGCUAUGGCGCAUUUGCGCCUCCACAACAGCAGGACACCGCGUUCACUUCAGCUCCGAAUGGCUACGAGAAUCAGAAUCCAUCCAGCAAUCAGGCUCCGUCACAGCCUCCAACCCAUCAGCGACAGCAGCCUGCCCAGACUUUCCACAUCGAUUCCGAACCUACAUUCGCACCGCAGCCACUCCCUCGACAGAACACAACCGAUCUCGAAAACGCCUAUUCACCAGACAAACCACAGAUCUCGCCGAGCUAUGUAGGCAGGCAGCAGAGGGCUGCCGGUCACUUGACGAUGCACGGUGCGCAGCCGGAAGAUGAUGACGGAAAAAUGAGCCCGGAAGAGCCCAAGAAGCCGACGAGGAGUCAUUGA